UAAAAAAUGACAAUGAGAAAACAGUGGAUGGAAAUAAAUGAGUUGACACGCGCGAAAAAAUUUUGCUGCGUAUUUUAGUCUAUAAAUAUUCACGUAUGAUAUGGGAACUGAUACUCGAUAUGACGAGCAUCGAGUCUGGAUUUUAUAUGACUGGUGACUGAUGAUAAUUUUGUACACAAGUAGAGGAUGAUUUUUAGUAAAAAUAUAAGACAAAGGAUUUGUAAAUCCCCUCUCAGGCGGCCAUUUCGAAAGACGUAUUUUGGCGCGUGCGCGAAAAAUAUGAAAAGCAAAGCGGGAAUUUUAAAUCGUAUUGAAAAUUUAUUCUGUAAAGAAUCGCUAGUACACUUAACAUUUAACACUUUUUAAAAAAUAUUAAAAAUGAAUUUACUUAAAAAAAUAUUUGAUAAUUUAUUUGAAAAAAUUAAUUCUCCUGAUUGAUAAUGAAUUUCAAUCGAUUUUAAAUAAAUGACUGCAGGAAAGAAAAUUAAUCGUUUAAGCUUAGGCCAAGUGCAUUUGAAUUAUUUUAAUUCAUAUUUUUUAUCAUGAUUUAAAAUUUUCCCGCCUAUUUGGAAUUUUUUUUUAAAUUUUAAUCUAUUGCAGAAAAUUUUAUUCCGUAGGAUUUUUCUUUUUUUUCGUAGGGUAGAAUCACGUAAUUUACACAGAAAAAAAUAAUCAGUAGCUGCUGAUGAUUAUUUAUUUCCGUGCAUUAAUGGACACACUGUUUCUUAUGUUUUUUAAAAGAUAAAGCCAAUUUAAUCUAAUUAUCGACAAAAUGAAAAUUAUCAUUCAAUCGAAUAUUCGUUAGAGUAUUAAUAAAUGUUCGAGAAAAAAUAUGACUAUUCGACAAAAGUGUUGAUAUAUAUUAAACGCUUAGUAAAUGUCGAUAGUCAUUAAAUUUUAUGCUUAUUGUCUGUUCAUUUCUCUAACUUGCUAGUCAAAUUUAGAUUUAUAAUUAAUAAUUAAUUUAUUAAUAUCUAAUCAGAAAGUUUUAAAUUAAUAUGGACGAAAUUUUGUUCACACAUAUAUGUGAAGUAAUUUUUAAAAAUACGAAUGAUCUGAUAAUAUUAGAAAAACUAAAACGAGUUAAUAUUCUUUGGAAAAAUUCUAUCGAUAAAAUUUUGGAAACAUCGGAUAUAUGGAAGAGGGCAUGUUUGAAUGAAAUUCCAUCGGAACCGAUUCCCUUCAUGAUUACAAGGUUUUUUCCGAUGGUUCAUUUCGAAAAUUAUCAUGAACUUGAUGACCUAAAAGUUUGGCGUACUGUUUAUUUUUCAUAUAGAAAGUGGAAGAUACUCUCGAAACUUCGAGUUUCAGUCGAAGUUUCUUAUCAACCUGCUGUUAUAUCAAAUCGUCCUGAAGGAAUUUGGGCUUUUGCAAGUAACGACAAAUACUUUGCUGUUGGAAAUAGUCGAGGAAUAAUUUAUCUUUUUGAUUUUAAUCGAUUAAAUGAACCUGUGCAAACAAUAAAUUUUGAAAAAAUUAUAAAAAAUAUUAAAUUUUGGUCUCCUGCUAGUGGCGACUUAUUCAUAGUUGCACGAAUUGAACCUGGAAACAUUAAAUUUUGGAAUGUUUCUGCUAUGACAGAAGUUGAGUGUAUCAAUAGUAAUGAUGAUACUAGGAUAGACGUUCUAUGCACCGGUUCACCAAAUAUAUUAUUUACUAUAAACAACAGAAGAUUAUAUGAAUACAAACAUACUACAGAUGGUAUACGAUUAUAUCGUAUAGAUAACUUACAAUUACCACUUCGAACAGUCACUGGCUCGGUGGAAAACGACAAAAUAAUUUAUGUAUCAACGGAUGAAGAUUCCGUAACUUUCUAUAAUUAUCGUAAUCAAACAUCUUAUGGAAAUCAUAAUAUUAUUGAAGAGGACCAUCAAAUAUUUCCUGCUUGGAGUAAUAAUAAUAUACAUCCAUAUGAUAGUCCCACGUUUGUAUUUCUUUCUUCAAAUGUUAUAUUGCAGGCAAUAGCCAAGGAAAACUCGUGUCUCUUGAUUUAUAAUCAACGAACCAACUGGACUAUGCAUAAACCAUUUGAAUCCUCCGGUUACAGUAAUCUUGUAACUGCUGGCAUAUUACACGGAAAACUUUUGAUUUUGGGCUUCAAAACUGGUCAUGUACGGAUAUAUACUAUAGAAAAUAUUGAAAGCCUUAAAACUUCUAAAUUAGAUCUUAAUUCAGGAAUUGAGUAUCUAUUGAGUAAUGAAGAAAUUUUACCAGACAUUGUACGGUUGGAAGUCGCUGAAACUCAAGGAAAAUUAAUUAUUUUAGCGAGAACAGCGUUCGUUGUACAUUCGAUUAAUUUUUUUCCUAACAAUAAUCCUCAGUAAAUAAUUAUUUAAGUAUUACAUAUUCAAUUGUAAUAACGGCACUAAUGAAAUUCGAACUCAUUCGAGUACUAAUUAUGACGCUUGUAUUGAAAUUUCUUAAGAAAAUAAAAAUAAUUCGAAAAUACUGGAAUAUACAAAUA